AUGAAGACCUUGCUACCAGAGUAUAGCGGCAUGCUGGGCCACCGCAAUGAGGCUUUGCCCACGGUGGGAGCGUUCGUGCUUGCAACCACCAUAUCCUUAUGUUUUCUGUAUGGUAUUUGGAUGUACACAUCUACUACUGCAUACCCUGGCUUUUCAUUUAUUGGGAAAGAUGAAAAAACAAAGACCACCUGGCAGUUGAAGAUGCUCUGGGUCAAACAGGCGAAGAGGCUCAUUUACGAUACGCUUGGCAAGACGAACAAGCCGUUCCAGCUUAUGGCCAGUACUGGGCCGCUGAUAAUCCUGCCCGCCCAUUUCAUGGACGAAGUUCGCAACGACGACCGAAUGACCUUCGCUGCUGCCCUGAAGAAAGACUUUUUCUCGAAUUACCCAGGAUUCGAGGGGUUUCGUCCGGCAGUCGACAAUCAUGUCUUCACAAAAUCUGUCAGGAUUGGCCUUACGCAAGCCAUUGGCCAAGUCACAGAACUUCUCUCACUAGAAAUGGCAGGAAUGCUUCGCGGGAUGUGGCCAGUCAAAGACGAAUGGACGAGCACGAAAUUCAAUCAAGAUGCACUGACAAUAAUCGCACGAUUAUCGUCACGUAUCUUCUUGCCUGAGCCCCUAUGCCAUGAUCCGCAGUGGUUAGACAUCGCGGUUAAUUACACGGUUGAUUUUUUCACAGCAGCCUUUACCUUGAGGAUGUGGCCUAAGGGCUUGCGGCCAUUUGUCCACUGGGUCUUACCCCAAACUCGCAAAAUCCGUAAAGAGGUCGCAACAGCAACCCGUCUCAUCGAACCUGAGCUUUCUCGCCGCUCGAAAGUAAAAGCGGAGGCGCUUGCGGCCGGAAAGGAAGCCCCAAAAUAUGUGGACGCCCUGGCAUGGAUGGAGGCUGCCGCCGGAGAUCAAGCAGAUCAGUACAACUACGUAUGGGGCCAACUGAACUAUUCUCUCGGUGCCAUUCACACGACAUCGAUGACAUUUGUGUAUGUCGUCUACGAUUUGAUCGAGCAUUCCGAGUACAUUCCUUUAUUAAGAGAGGAAAUUGCGGCUGUGUGGAAACCGGGCGAUGUUUUGACCAAGAACGUGCUGUACAACCUCAAACUGAUGGACAGUUUCAUGAAGGAAAGUCAGAGGCUCAGUCCGGUAACACUCAUGCCUAUGAACCGAGUUGCGCAAGAGAACGUUACUCUAUCUGACGGGACCGUGAUCCCCAAGGGGGCUGGACUUGGUAUUCCAAUCACCGCAAUGACGGAUGAGAAGUAUCACAAGGACCCUCUCACCUUUGACGGCCAUCGCUUCUACAACCUACGCCAGCAGCCUGGUAAUGAGACAAAAUACCAAUUUGUCACCACCAGCAACGACCAUAUCGCAUUUGGCCAUGGCAAGCAUGCUUGUCCUGGCCGGUUCUUCGCCUCCAACGAGAUUAAGAUUGCCCUAGUGCAGAUGCUUACAACCUACGAUUUCAGAUUCCCCCCGGGCAAGGGCAGGCCGAUACCUCUCGAGAACGGAGUGAGCAUGGUCCCGGAUCCGAGAGGCCAAAUUCAAUACCGACGCAUUAGGGAAUAA